AUGUACCAGCACGGCUACGUCUUCCAGACCCGCAAGGAGCAGUACGAGCGCGCAGAAGAGGCGCCGGACCGCUCGGCCAAGGGCCGGGCAGCAGCGUCCAGCCUCGCGGCGCUGCAGGGGCUCGGCGAGCGCUUGGCCGCCCACGUCCAGCGUGCCCGCGCGCUCGAGCAGAGCCACGCCGUCCUUCGGCGGCAGCUGGAAGCCUUCCAGCGCCUGGGCGAGCUGGCGGGGCCGGAGGACGCCCUCGCCCGCCACAUAGAGGGUAACAGCCAGCGCGCCAGGGACCUGGCGGCCGAGCGCGCCCGGCUGGAGCGCCAGGGCGCAGAGGCACAGCACGCGCUGGACCAGCUCAGGAGCAAGUAUGAAGAUGAAUGUGAAUGUCAACUGCUGCUAAAAGAAAUGCUUGAGCGGCUUAAUAAGGAAGCUGAUGAAGCUUUACUGCGUAACCUGCACCUUCAGAUCAAAGUCCAGUUUCUGCAGGAUGAUAUCAGUGCAACAAAGGACAGGUACAAAAAGGAGAAACUCCAGACAGAACAGGAGGCAGCCGCCCUGAAACAUCAGCUGGAGGAGGGCCAGGAGGUACUGUCUGUCCUGCAGGCUCAGAGAGCCGAGCUGCAGGCCCAGACAGCGACCCUGGAGCAAGCUAUUAAAGAUGCCAAUGAGUGUUACGCUGAUGAGAUUCAGCUCUAUAUUGAACAGAUUGAAGCCCUGCGGAAGGAGAUUGAAGAGACUGAGAGAAGCCUGGAGAAGUCUUCCUAUGAUUGCCGGCACCUGGUGGUCGCCCAGCACACUCUAAAGAAUGAACUGGACCGGUAUCAUCGGAUCAUUGAUAAUGAAGGCAACAGGCUGAGCUCCGCCUUGAUUGAACAUCCUGUCACUCUGUUCACCUCAUGCCAUGUAGCUUCUUUCAGCCCUCGACCCAGCAGGAAAGAUCUCUCCAGGGCUCUGCAGGAUAUAACAACAGCAAAACCAAGACAAAAAGACCUCCCUAAGAAUGUUCCAAGGAAAAGGGAGAUUAUAGCUAAAGACAAAGCAGAUGAAAGUGUGGAAGAUGCACCACCGAAAGGUCUAGAAGACACAAAGCCGAUGCAGGUGGUAGUUAAAGAGGAAGGUGAAUUUAAGUUUGAAUCGGGGGAUGAAGAAGCAAGUCCCCCUACCCCAGAAGUGGCUCCAGACGAUGUUCCAGAUGGAGGGCAGAUAAGCAAAGCCUUUGAGAAACUCUGCAAGACAGUCAAGGAGAGAGUGAGAAGCCCCAAGCCUGAGCCGCCCUCUGACCUCUACACCAAAGGGCGGUACGUGCUUGUCUCGGGGGAUGCCAGUUAUGUGGACCCCGAGUUUUGUUCCUUGUCCAUCCCGGCUAGGGGAAGAGUGGUUGUUUCCAUUGAGGAUGACUCUCUGCAUCAUGACAGCUCUGUGGAGCCCUCUCCUGAGCAGCCCCAGCCCCGUCUGGAGAAUGCCCAGGGGGGUCUACAGGGGAGAGAAGAUGGAUACCCACCCAACCAGCAUACUGCAAACAAGGAGAAUGAGAUAAACACCGAAGAACCAAAAGGUCCCGGGGAGAAGCACAAUGGCCAGGAGGAUGAAGGGCCCAGGAGACCUUGUCUUGUGGUCACACCUGGUCCAAAGGGACCGUCUGCGCCCCCACCUGAAAAGCCUGGGGCCAAUCAGGGUGGGUCUGAGGGGCAGGGGCCUAGAAAUGGCAGCCUACAAGAGAGAAGCCCUCCCAGGACUCUGGCAUAUGAGAAGGUGGAAGUGAUGGAAUCCAUUGAGAAGUUUUCAACUGAGAGCAUCCAGAUGUAUGAAGAAACUGCUGUAAUCGUGGAGACCAUGAUUGGAAAGACAAAGGCAAACAAGAAGAAACAGGGAGAGAAGCAUUCUCAAAAUGCCUAGGCUCCAUGGGAGAAAUGUUUCUGGGCCAUUGUAGGGGACAUGCUUUGUUGUAGAACAAAUGAUAAAGAGUGAGGGUUCCUGUUUGGAGUAGAUUAUAGUUGGCCCAUCUGGCAUUGCUAAUGAGGCCUUAAUUAAAAACUUUUCUUUGCCUGCA